GCACUCAUCAUCACAGCUGAAGGAUGUAAACAAAUGAGGACGGCGUGUCUCUUAAAUUCAGCUUGAAUUUUCCCCGUCAAGUUUGUGGAUGUGGAAAUGGACAAAUACCUGGUGACUCCAAAAAGAAAAAUGACUGAGGAGAUUACUGAAAACUGUGAUGCAAAUGGAGAUAUCAAGAAAUCCAAAGGAAAUCACGUCCGCAGUGAAGGAUUUGCUAUUACAGAAGUACGUGGGGAUGUUUUUACAUGUCCAGAUGGAACCUCGCUUGCCCAUAGCAUAUCACAAGAUAUACGUAUGAGCAAGGGUAUUGCUACCCUUUUUAAGGCCAAAUUUGGUGGUGUACAGGAGCUGACAGAACAAGGCAAGAAGCCAGGUGAUGUUGCCGUCCUGAAGCGGGGCCAGAGAUACGUUUAUUAUUUAGUUACUAAGGAGAGGUACUGGCACAAACCCACUUAUUUAAGUCUGCGUUCAUCUCUACAAGCCAUGAAGCGUCAUUCCUUACAACACAAUGUAGCAGCCAUUGCAAUGCCACGUAUUGGAUGUGGACUUGAUGGUCUGGUAUGGGACCGUGUGAGGGACAUCCUUACUGAUGUCUUUAAAGAUACUGAUAUUAAAAUUUCAGUGUAUACUAUCUGAGGGUUCAUAUAUAACUUUCUAGGCACUUGAAGAGGCAACUGUAUAAGCUUGUUGCACAUGCAUCUCAAGGCUGUGUACUCCACUAUCAUGGAUGAGCAUAUUUUGAGGUAGUUUGAUGUGUGCAUGUGAGCUUCACAGUUUUACAAACCCAAGAUAGAACCUGGGAAGAGUAUUUUAUUAUAAGCUUUAGAAUAUAGCUGUUGGAGCUACAAUGGAUCAAAUGUCCUGAUCUGAGGAAAGCUUAUCCCUCCAGCGGGUACACAUUGGUUUAUAUAGAGUAGGUUAUUGUCAUCAAGUGGCAGAUGACAUUACCCUGAGUUGAAGGAUUGUCACUUCUUGUGAAGAGCAGCUGUACUAAUAACUAAGAGGGAUGAAACCUAAUAUGCACUGUGAUGGCAAGAACACAUUUGUGAUAUCUUUGCUCUUAUGUAUAGUGUGAGCUAAAGAAUGUACUGAGAACAGAAGAAAUUCAGAGUUAUUGGGUUUUUCGAAGUAGCAUGAUGUAUGCAGUUGAAUGAAAGGAUGUAGGCAAUGACAGAGUGUUGAGCAUGCAUCACUGCAGCUGUGUCAGGUUUUCUACAGUGGUUAUAUAAAAUUGAAGAAUUUUUAAUAAAUUUCUUUUUUCACAGAAGUUUUCAAAAUGUUGAUAGUUGGAUACAAAUAUUAUUUUUUGGUGGGGACUGUUCAUUAUAUCACACAUGUAAAUUUCGGUAGAACUGCUAAGGUGUGUUUUUAUGUGAGCAUAGAAAUAAGGACCCUCCUGGUGCUCCAGUUACCUAAUACUUCGCACAUUACGCUUACCCGUGAAUGCAGACAACAGAGGCUGACCAAUUACAAAUCAAUUACUGUUUGAGACACUGCAAUUACUGGACAGGGAAUUGAUAAUUUUUAGUAAAAAAUUCACUUAACUGUCCCAGUGUGAAAUUGUUUAAUUUUUAUCGUAGUUUCUAAAACUUGUAGCUAGAUAAUAAUGUAUCUUAUCCUUUAUUACUGUGUAAUUGGAUAUGGCUUACACUGGAAGCCCAAUUAGGAAGUUAUAACAAAGAUUUGUUAAACUUUAAAUACUAAUUCAUGUAAAAUUGUAAGUACAUUCCCUAUCCUUUAAAUGAAGAAAAAUUAAAGUAACAUAAUAGAUUUCAGUGUGAUAUCACAAAAUACUCAAAAGAUAUUACAAGAUUCAUUAAUACCUGGUUUGCUGAGAAUCUGAUUAGCUAAGAUUAUGUCAGUGUAGUUGUGGGUAGCUGAGGAUUUUUUCCUUUGUUGAUUUACAAGCUAAACAUAGAAUUGAUAUUGAAUAAUAUACCGAUGCCAGAACCGAGUAAAAUUGUAUAUAUAAAAAAACUUUUUUAUGGCUUUUAAAUAUAAUGUGGUUUUAAAGUUUUAAAAAUGAAUAAUAUUACUACUUGUGUCAGUCACAGUCUGAUUCCCACUUGUAGCUGGUGACAGAUUCAACUAUAGAGUGCAAGAAAAUCAUGACUUUUCUUAACUUCACCUGGAAGAGCCUGAAGAGUAAAAAAAAAUGAUAAAGAGAAAUGUUGAGGAGAGAAAAAAGAAAAGAGAGUUCAUUUUUCUAGCUAGGAAUUAAGAUGUAUAUACCUUACAAUGUAUUUAACCCCUGUUUGUAAAAAUAUAUAAAUAGCCUUGGACAGUAUAGCUUAUGAGAUGACAUUUUCACAUGGCUAACAUUUUAUGGGAAGACCGUGAGAAGGGGCAUAUCCUCUUUGUCAUUCACCAUCCACGCAUACAUGUCAUUCAUUUUAAUCCUAGCUAGACUCUUGAAGUACAUUGAUGUAACUCUGUGCUGACUUCAUAUAUAAAGUACUUUACUGUAAUUCAAAUUCCUUUCUGAGAGACUGACUUUUCAUAGAUGUAACGUCACACAGCCGAGCAGUCAUCAGAGUAUUUUGUACGGUGAGACUGUGACAAGUGCCAAGCUUUCCGGUAUAGUGAGUGGUGUAGCAAACGCUCCUUUUCUCUCUUGUACUUGUUGUGAUAGUGAGUAUAUGUGUGAGAGUAACCUGUGAAUCCACAAAAGUGGGUAUGUAAGUACAGUAAUUGUAAUAAUUUGAUAAUUAUGUUUACUUAGUUGAUAGCCAUAUUUAUCCACAGAAAAAUGUUGGUCUUACUGAAUGUUAGUCGGUGGAUUUUCAAUUUAUACAUAUGUCCAAAAUAUGUAAUUUCUUCUUUACUACUGUGUCACUAAUGCAGAUUUGUCUUCAACCAAUAUGGUCAUGGCACUUGUGCACACAUUAGCAGAAAUAUUCCACAUGCUAAAAAACACCUGCAUCUGGACUGUUCACUAUAAAUACUUUAGGCUCUAAUCUUCACCCUCUGAAUACAGCAUAAACUGUUGGACAUGGAAAAGUUCAUAGUCUCACAUGUGUUAGCUUCUUUUUAUUCAGUUAAAUUUACAAUAAUCCUCGGAUGAUACACGGUGUUAGUUUCCUAGAAACACUGAGUCGAAUUUUUUAUUCCUUAAAUUCUUAAUGGAAAUUAAUGAAAAGAAUAUUACAUUCACAGACAUUCCCAAAUACAGGGAAACUUGGCCCAGUGGCCCACUGUGCGUAUCUGUAUAGGAUACAACAUUUACGUAUAUUCAAAUAGUUAACAUAAUCAAACAUUAAUGUAAUUAAACAACGAUAUGAUAAAACAAGCUUACUGUUGGAUGUUAACCCAUUGAGUGAUAGGAGUUUCUCUCAGCUGAAUAAAAUCGUCUGGCAUCAGCUAGAAUAAAAUACCUAAGGACAACACUGCUCCUUAAAGGGAUAAGACUAAUCAAGGCUGGUAUCAUGGCAGGCUCACUCAAGGUCGUGGGGAAAGACCUUUUCAUUACACAGAGUGCAGAUUUAGUUAUAUGUUUUCCUGAUAAAAGUCAGCACAAUAUAAGACAAAUAUUGACCAUUAGAAACACUGAAGCACAUCACCACUAUGUGACACGAUGAAAACAUAACAAACCGGGUAAAGAAUUGGUAGGUAAAUCAUUUUUGUUUACCGAUGGUCCCAUGAGUCAAUAACAAAGUUGUUAGUAGGGGCGUGCCAAAGCUUGCUCAGGUUUCAUCAUUUUUAAAUAGAUAACUCUUAAGGUGAAUGCAGCAUCCCACAACUUAAACUGCUGUGACACCAGAUGUUUUAUAUCUUAAAUAGUAAUAAUGAUAAUACAGUACUGUAGUCUAAAACCAUGUUACAUGUAUACUACAUUGGUCUAACUUUUUCAUGAAGUUAUCCAAAUUGUAUAAUGAAUGUUUUAUCCAUGGGUUAUUGUAUAUAUGAUAUUGAUGAGAAAAGUAAAUAAUGUAGAUACAUGAUUAAUCUAGAACAAAUUACCAAAGCUUUGCUGUACAAUAUUAUAUACUGUACCAUAAUGCACUUAUCAUAUACAGAUUGUGUGAUUAUUGAAAUAUUUAGAAACAAUUGAAAAAUAACUUCUUAGGAAAUGUUAGGAACAUAUAGAUUUGCCUUCAGAUCAUAACAAAAUUUAGUGAAAAUUCCUUUUGCCAAACCAAAGUGUACCUGAUAGCAAUUGAUAUUUGAUAGAGCUAGAAAAUUUAUCAAGUGAUGGACUACAGUGAGAAAAAAAGUGAUUGAGAAGUGGAUAUGGAAGUGAAUAAUUAAGUGAUAAGUGGAUAUUAAGAGGCAUUUUUUCCCAUCCUGUAUACCGUGAUUCAUUGUACAGUUGUGAGCGCUGUAUGUGGAGGUGUAUGGCGGUGGAAUUUCAGAGAUUACCUCGUCUUUUAUCUGUAUUUCCCAAUGUUCUAUCUGCAAUUCUUAACAUUUAUAGAGAGCACAAUCUUCUUUUAGUUUAUAGUGAUGCUCAUUUUUGUUUCAGAAUAUAUAUAUUAGUUGGAAUAAAUCACGUGUAAAAUUUUUGAAGGUAUUGUACCGGUAAUAUUUCUUUGGAGCCUAUACCAUAGUAUAGCACGGUAUUAAUGUAUAAUGUGUAUCCAUAUUGCUUUUUCUUUUCUUUUUUUAGAAUAACGUAUGUACAUUUGACGGCUAUAGCCAUUACAGUAGUGUUUGGCUGCCCCAUCAUCAUUGCAUUUUUGUUCUCCAGAUUUUUUUAAUGAUACUGUAUAUUACUUUUCACCAGAUAAAACCUCAUUUCAGGAUACUUUGAGUUUAAUACAAAGGUAAUACUGGUUUUUAUCAUAUCAGGCUUAGAGUUAAUGUUUUUCCCCACCACAUAAAACCUCAUUUCAGGGUAGUUUAUUUUAAAUGACUGUACCACUGAUUUAAUCAUACAGGCUUAAUACUGAGCUUAGUAGAACUGUUUUUGUGCACUAACACCCCGGCUGGCUUUUAAGAUUGGUUUCAUAUGUUCUGUCUCUGAUGCUUGUUAUUUUAUGGGGAUGCAUGGAUGAUGUCUGUGUACAGAUGUAAAGAUAAAGAAACUGAGUUAGGAAUGUAAUAGAAAUAUUUAAUACCCAUAUGAUUUUUUUCUUCCCUGUAUGGAUUUUAUUUCAUGAUACUUUUAGUUUAUAUUCUUUUAUUGAGAUUAAUAAUUAAAUCAGGUGGAUAUCUUGGAGUUUUCAAGGAGGACAACUCCACAGUAGAACACCUCAGUUAAGGAUUAAGAGAGUGAAUGUCAACAAAUGAAGGGAGAGUCUGUGUUUGCUCUGGAUCACUGUUAUCCAGCAUCAUUGUGGGGAACAGCAUGCAAGAGUGUAAAAAUGAAUAGCCAUGCGAAUGAUACCAAGAGAAUAACAGUAGAAUAAGAUUGCCAAAAAUGUUCAGUUGUUAGGUUAAACAGUAUUUUUUUUAUCUCUGGUGAAGAAGCUUUAAUUUCUUUUCUGUGACUGAUACCAUUACAAUUAAGGCUUUUGCUACUGAUGUGGAUCCUGCACACAGUAUAUUUUUGCUUGAGAGUUGGGUAUGUGUCACCUGUGUUCUCAGUAACCAUAUAUAGCCAGGAAUAUGAACAAAACCAGGUAUAACUUAACCUUACUUAGGUGUCUUACUCUUUUAGAUUUAGUUAGGCGUGGCUUAAGUUCUUUCUUACAUACUGUACCUACUGUGCUUGUAUAAUAAGAUCAAAUUAGCUUUUUGCAUUGGGAAGACAAUGUACAGUACAGUAUUGUAUAGUACUGUAUAAUAUAAACCAGCUGUGGCAUACCUGGCUCAAGCAAAAAUAAAUUGAGACCUUAACCUGAGUCCGUAGCUGCAUCAUUAUACAUCAAGCCAUCUAUUUCUCCAGUUGGUAGGAAAUAGAAGGAGGUUGAUAAGCAGAUGAUAUAUUUUUUUAUCUAUUUUGCAUAUGUUAAUAACAACUUUAUGAAGUUUUGUGUGGCUGAAACCCACUCAUUAUUUUUUGUGUUUGGGGCUUGGUUUUGCUUGCUAGACUUUCAACUUUUUUCACUGUUGGUUGUUCAAGGUUCUAAGUUACCAAGUAAACAAGAAGAGUAAGAACAUUAUUUAUGUGUGUUGUUAAUGAUAGUGGUACUGUACUGUACUUCAACUGGCUAGUGUCAUCUCUGAUAAAAGGUCUCUUCAUCUGGUGGACAUGAGAGUGAAAAUAUGAUUUGAGUAUUGUAUGAACAGUUUUGUUAAGUAUUACAUUCAUUUACCAUUGGUUAAUUGAUUUAAUCAUUAAUUUGUUUCCAUGCAGGUUGUUGGCAUGUAAGUCUCCCUUAAACCUUUAAAGCCAUCUUCACCUAGUGUAAAAAAGCAAAACAAGAGCAACUUUCAAAGUGUUUACUGAAAAAAAAAAUACUGUAGUGGCUUCUUGGUUUAACUGUCCUGUAAAAGAAAGCUACUUUUAUUAGAUUAGAUCAUAUGAACUAAGGCUUUUUUAGGUAGUUAAAACAGGUGGAAAUGAAAAUUGGAGAUUUAGAAAGAAAAUAGAUAAAAUAUUAAUAAAAUGGAUAUGAUGAGGUAGAAAGAAUUAAAGGGAUAUGAUAAGUGAUAAGAGCUGGAAAGUUUGGGGUUUUAGAUAAAUGAGCAUUCAAGAAGAACUGAUUAUCUGUCAGAAUUUUCAAUAAAAUAGAUAAUGUG